GUUGGCCUCUCAACUACAGUAUCGCACAACCACGGGAGCCAUCUGCAGUCCUUACUGUCAUGUUCUAGCCUCUCGUCGUUGAUCCUGUUUGUCACAAAGUCAGGUCCCCCCCUUUGUCACCAUGUCCUGAACAAUGGCGACUGGUUCCAGACAUACCCUUCCAUCAUGGACGGAGCAGUCGCGACAGAACCCCCAGUUGUUAAUAACGCCUCCUUCGAUCGCGAGCCCUUGACCGUCCUCGAUGGUCUGAAUGGCUCAAUGUCACUAGCCUUGCCUCUGAAACGCACCGCCGACCCUCACGAACUCCAUACGAAGACCGACCCUCAUACAGAUUUAGAGGAUGCGGAAUCCAAUCCUCAAGAUCGCGCCUGGGCGGAGGAGUCGUGGCAAGCCCGCAAUGGAUUGAACACUAGACAAGCAGAUCCUCGAUACAACAGAGAGGCACCGGGUGUUGGGCUUGUAGGCACAAAGAGACAAAUUCCUGUCUAUCAUACCUUCCCGGAGAAUGACCUGCCAGUCAAGAAUGAUCCCUGCGCCGACGACAAUACCCCGAGGAAUAUCCCACCAGAGGCCAAGACAUCGCCAUCAGAUGUGCAUGAUGAUCGAAUUCUAAAGCUGUCGUCAGAUCAGUUAGAGGAGCUGACUUCCACGCCAGAGUCUUUGCCACUCCACCCAGUUCCUCGCCGUCAAUCCCAAGCAUAUGCCGUACUUGAGCCCGAUCAGACAUCCCUUCCCCCGACGGCAACUUCAGCCCACCCUGUUAGCUUCGCCACUGACGAUGAUGUUUUCUCGCCUCUCAAGCAGAUUGAUACCAUGUUGCUGGUUCAGUCGCAACAAGGCGGCACGAAGAACCAUCGUCGUCUUACAGUCGAGACCACCGGACACAUCCCUCAGCCAAAUCAAGCUUCCGCCUUGAGGCCUCCGCCACCGCCGCGGUCUGCAUCCACUCCAGGCCAGAUCAAAAGUCCCAAAUCACCCCCAAGACAUGAGCGCCCUCGCCCAAGCCUGAAGCCCCCUAUCUCAUCAGCACAUGUCGAUGCAAGACAGAGCAGAAGAAAUUCAUCCACUACCCGUCCCUUACCUUCUCCUAUGCCCACUUCACUACCUCUCCCGCCCUUGUCAAUACCUACAUACUUACAACUGGAACUCUCCUCGCAACGACCUUCGCAGUUGUAUCUCCACCAAUCCACUGCGACGGAAUUCCCAUAUGAAUCUUCGAGCGCAAAGAUCGAGCGUCUACUCAACUUCUUACUACUCCCCCCACACUUGGAGAGUGUGUUGUGGUUCGGCACUCUGGCAUGUCUCGACGCCUGGCUCUACACCUUUACGAUCCUUCCGCUGAGAUUGUUCAAAUCCUUUUACAUCCUCGCCAAAUCUUGGGCGACCAACUUGAUGAAGGAAUCAUCUUACAUCUCAGGAUUCGUGUAUAGUGGUGCCGGGCGCAUGUGGAAUAGAAGGCGAAGCAGCGUUGCCCCUCGGGUUUCAAAGAAGACAUCCACGGGUGCUGAUGAGCAUCAAGCCCCUCCCCCUCUCACACCUCACAACCGCCGAUAUCCUCGUCAUCAUCACAGGACAAAGUCUGUUCCUUCCACUCUCCUGCCUGAUGACAAGGCAGAUAUGCUCAAGGGCUUCUUGAUUAUAUGCACUUGUCUCAUCCUUCUCAGAUUCGAUGCCAGCCGCAUGUAUCAUUGGAUCCGUGGCCAAGCCGCCAUCAAGCUCUAUGUCAUCUAUAAUCUCCUCGAAGUUUGUGACCGCCUGUUUUCUGCCAUUGGACAGGAUGUGUUGGAAUGUCUCUUUUCCCGAGAAACACUUGAACGCAAGCCCGAUGGCCAUAGCAAGAUAUUGCGACCCCUGUGGUUGUUUUUUGUGGCUCUCAUCUACACGGUGAUUCAUUCGACGGCCCUAUUCUAUCAAGUUAUCACAUUGAACGUUGCAGUCAAUUCCUAUUCGAAUGCACUUAUCACGCUUUUGAUGUCGAACCAAUUUGUGGAAAUCAAGUCGACAGUUUUCAAAAAAUUUGAAAAGGAGAACUUGUUCCAGCUUACAUGUGCCGACGUGGUGGAACGGUUCCAACUCUGGCAUAUGCUAGUCAUCAUAGCGUCACGCAACAUUGUUGAGACGGGUGGAUUGACCUCUUGGAUCGAUGCCUUCUCCAUUGCCUCGCCAAGCACUUCAUCAGCCCUGCCCACUAAUAGCAGCAGCCCGGUGUCGAAUGCCGUUCCACCAGUCUCGGCAUCGUCAAUUAUUCCAAGGUCGUUCACGUUGGUACCCACACUUGUGUCGUCGAUAACAUCGUAUGCGCCAACGAUCAACCAAGUUCUCGGACCUUUCCUCAUUGUCUUGGGCUCGGAGAUGCUGGUGGACUGGUUGAAGCACGCCUACAUCAACAAGUUCAACAACACUCGCCCAGCCAUCUAUAAUCGUUUCCUUGACGUUCUGGCCAAGGACUACUACACGAAUGCGUUUGGAGAUCAAAACUUGACGAAGCGAUUGGGUCUGCCUGUCAUCCCGCUCAGUUGUCUCCUGAUUCGAGCAAGUGUGCAAACAUAUCAGAUGUUUGUGGCGUCUUGGGUUCCAUCAACGCCACCGGCUUCGUCGACCAGCCUCGAGAGCAUCCAUCAACAAUUUUCUACCUCACGCUCAACGAUGCCAAUGACAACCGGAGCGGCCAUCUCACGGACUGUUGACGACAUCAUCAAGGCGAUUCCUGCCGUGAUAACCCAAUCCCGCGUCGUCGGUCAAUUGCCUAAGAUCUUGACCUUUUUGCUCAUCUUUCUCCUCCUGUUAGCCUGCAAGCUUGUGUUGGGAAUGGUAUUGUUGACAUUCUCACGGGCACGGUACAGGUCGAUGAAGCAACGUGAAAAAGAAUCAGUGUAUCAGAUAGAAGGCGGGCGGCGGGUCGGGGGGUGGGGCAUGGUGGAAGUUGACGAUGACAAGCGACGGUGGAUCUAUGAUGAUGACCCUGCCGGCCUUCGAGCAUUGCGCGAAAAGGAGGAGCGUGAGAAGCAGAAGCAACAACGGGAAAAGGAAAGGGGGGUUGCCCCAGACAGCUUUGACAACGUGAGGCGCUAUGAAAUGGUUGCCAAGCGGAUUUGGUAGGACGACCGCCCUACGGCAUGGUGAGGCUUCCGUUAAAUAGAGGGAGCCUCUAGACUGGAUAUGUACGCAGAUUUGAUCCGCCUCGACGAGAGGGUCGGUCGGCAAUUGUACUACCACCAACAAGAGGACAGUACGCCUGCUGAGUUAAUUGUAGUAUGAAAAUUGUGACAAGCUAGCCGGAAGUUAGGC